GGGGUCAGCUGUGGUGGCUUGGGCAUCUGUUCCGGAUGCCUCCUGAACGCCUUCCCGGGAAGGUAAUGAACUAGGUGGGAUUUCCUACUUUAUCCUUUCUGUUUGUUUUGAAGUCCCACACAUUUCUGAUUGUAAUUUCUGUAACAUUGACCAACUUGGGAGAGGUGGGUGAUCAAUAAAAUGCUUUUUAAAUUACAUACAUUUUCUUGAUUGUUUGUAAAUGUUGUAUUUCUUGUUUUACUACAUUUCAUAUGGGGCUCUUCUAUAUUAUGUAAUGUACUUUGUUAGGAGAAAAUACCUGGACUGAUGAUCUAACCACAUUGACAUACUUAUAUCUGGAAAGGGGUUGACAGAAUAAAUGUAUACAUAAUACCUCACAUGCUCAAUGUAAAACUAUAGUCUGUUUAGAGCCCUGCAGAAUGGUGUUGUGCACCUUUAAGAGGGCAUGGGACAGUUGGAGUGGAUAAACACACAAUUUGAGAGGAGUGUCAUGUGAGAUAUGUUGAUUGGAUAGAAAUUAAUUGUACCUAUUCUAGCUGUAGGUAUGAAUAUACACAUUUCUAAGUGCAAAUAAUUAUUAUGGCAUAUUAAAAUAGCUGGUACAAAAUAUUGUUUAACAAUUUACAAAUGGGUUACUUUAAAUAAAUUGCAUUUCUGGUUGUAUUUAUGUAAAAUAAUGAUCUAACUGGUUCCAAAUGUAAGUUGCCGUGACAAUGCAAUUUUGUUUGCCGGGAAAUGACUACUUGAGCAAAGUAUCUAGUAAGUUUAGAUUAUGGGGUUUGUGCUUUAAGACGAGCAGGAGAUAAUAUUGGCAUGUACUUGAAAAAUCAACAGGAAUGUGGAAUGUAGGAAUAUAAGGCAGAAAACAGAGUUAAUUCAGACUUAUUUUAAAAAUAGAACCACCAUGUUAAUGGGAUAUGGUUGAUGCUGAAAAGGAACAGGAGUAGAAGGUAACAGGUAGGGUAGCUACAGUAGAUGUACCUAGACCGAAUUGAUUUUGCUAGUGCAAAAAUAAGCAUUGCAUAACCAAAUACUGCAAACCUGCAAAUGGUCAGCAAUUGACCAAUAGGCAACCUUAAUUACAUAACGUUGUCACGACGUACAGGUGACGAAAUGAAAACGUAACUUAAUUACGUUGUAGCAACCAAAAUAGGAACCUCACUAUCAUCUGACGUUGCUGCAACGUCAGAUAGUUACGUAACCGGGACGAAAUAUUGUUUGCUGGGGAGAUCACUGUGACUGACAGGUGCUUUCACCUAUUGCAGUCAGCGUUUGAGGUAGUGCGUUAUAUUCAACAGUAAACAGGUUGAAAUUUAGUAUUUUUUUCAUCUUGUUCAAUUGCACGAAAUGUACGGGUAUUUUUUCCAUUGCAAAACGUUUAUAUGUAUAAUCGUAGAUACAUUGAAUGCGCUCGAUACUCCGCUGCUCUGAAAGUACUGGGGCAAAUGCCAGCUCGCCACACAUUUGCAGCGUGUGUUCAGUAUUUUAGAAUAGGUUUAUGAUCAUGGCAGAACAGUGACAGACAUUAACAAACAGGCAAGGAGGAAGAGAAAGAGGCCAUAAACCAACAGACUUGAAUGUGUAACCAUGUCAACCAUUCAACCAUACAUUAUCCUGUCGCUACUAGCGUUCAGCCUUCUCAUUGCCAUAUCAGCUCAGGUUGAUGAUGACCUCAUUGUCCAAACAACCCAGGGCAGGGUCCACGGGACUCUUCUUUCCGUACCUUUGGUGGACAAGUCAGGGCAUUCCUGGGGAUUCCAUAUGGGAAACCCCCCAUUGGGAAAUUGCGUUUCCAAUCUCCCCAACCUGCAGAGGGAUGGAGAGGUGUACAACAUGUCACUCACUACAGCAACUCCUGCCUCCAACCUGUGGAUACAUCUUUACCGGGUGACGUUGUUUGGUGAGAGUGCAGGAUCUGCAUCUGUGGGUCUUCAUCUCCUCUCCCCAGGCAGCCGUGGCCUCUUCAAAAGGGCGAUACUGCAGAGCGGUUCCCCUAAUGCUCCGUGGUCUGUCUUGACACAACUCCAGGCGUGGGACAGGUCUGUCGCCCUGGGUAGGCUGCUGGGUUGUGCCCUGGCACCUUCGGCUGUCCUGGAGCAGUGUCUACAGUGUCUAAUCGUCAAGCAGCAGUUCAACAUCCUCCCUGUUCCCUCACUCAUAGCAUUACCGUUCACAACCUCUAUUGAUGGAGACUUCCUAACAGACAUGCCUGAGGUUCUCCUCCGGAAGGGCCAAUUCCUGAAGAAAGAGGUGCUAAUUGGUCUGAACAAAGACGAGGGGACCUACUUCCUGACUGGAACGCCAGGAUUUAACAUCACCAGCCAGAGUCUGAUCAGUAGGGAGGAUUUUCUGAAAGGGGUGGAGCUAGAGUUGCCCGGGUGGAGUGAGAUCAUGACGGAGGCAGCCAUCCUCCAGUAUACUAAUUGGACAGAUGAAAAUAUUGGGGCGAAGAAUCGUGAUUCACUUGGGCAAAUCGUGGGAGACCGUGAAUUUAACUGCCCUGUGCUGGAGUUUACCAAGAGGUACACAGAACAUGGUGGUCAGGCCCGCCUUUAACUGUUCACCCACAGGCCAAUGGCCCGCUCCUCCACCAAUCCCUGGCCUGCGUGGAUGGGUGUGAUGCAUGGCUAUGAGAUAGAGAUUGUCUUUGGAAAGCCCCUCAACAGCACCCUGGGAUAUCUGGAAGAGGAAGUGGUUAUGAGCAGGAGGAUGAUGAAGUACUGGGCCAACAUGGCAAGAACUGGGAACCCAAGUAUAGAGAAAGAAGAUUGGCCACUUUUUACCCUGGACCUACAGGAGUACAUCACCCUAAACUCUGCCCCUCCAAUGAUUCAAAGGAAGCUUGCAGCUAACCAGUGCCAGUUAUGGACCAAUUUCCUUCCCAAACUGCAGAAUGCCACUGGGGCAAUGUAAAACCUUUUUCAAGGGCUUUAUCAAAAGAUUUUCAUUUCUGGUUUUAAUUAAAAUAUCUUUAUCUGUAUGAAUUUGUAAAAAUACA